AUGGCGACCGUUUCCUCUGUCUGGUUUGAGCAUUACCGUGAGCCUUUAGUCAGAGGGAUUCACGAAUCAAAGCCUAGACUCUCUUGGCAAGUUGAGAACGCUCCAUCGGGCUACACCCAAUGUGCCUACGAGGUCGAGUUGACAGAGCAAGCGCCCGGUCUCCACCCUCAAAAAAAGGUAGUUACUUGUUCAUCAAGUUCCUCUAGGCUGGUCCCCUGGCCCAUUGAUGAACCACUACUCUCGCGUCAAAGAGUGGCAGCCCGACUUCGCGUCUUCGGUUCGUCUGGAGACCCUGGCCCUUGGAGCAAGCCAGUGCGUAUCGAAGUCGGUCUGCUCAGACGCGAAGACUGGCAGUGCAACCGUAUCGCGGCAUCAUGGAGUCAAGAUCAAACUACGCCUGGCCCCGAGCACCUCUUCCGCAAGACUUUCCAUGUCAGUGAGCCUGUGCAGCAUGCGCGACUCUAUAUCACCACACAGGGAGUCUACGAGGCAGAACUCAACGGCUUGCGCAUAGGGGACCACUUCAUGGCUCCAGGCUGGACGACAUAUGACAACCGUCUCCAGUACCAAACCUACGAGGUAACGGGGCUUAUUAGAGAUGGCGCCAACUGCCUGGGGGCUCGCGUCGCCGAAGGAUGGUUCUCCGGGCGUUUGGGUUUUGAUGGUGGCAAACGGAAUAUCUGGGGUUCGCAAGUAUCUUUGCUUGCCCAGCUCGAAAUAUUUCAUCCAAGUGGCCGGAUUACUACCAUUUUAUCAGAUGGCUCCUGGAGCGCUAGAAAGGGGCCCAUACAACUCGCCGAGAUCUACGACGGUGAGAAAUACGAUGCUACACUCGAAGAUCCUCAGUGGUCGCAGCCGGUGGACCAGGUCAUGACUGGCAACUCUGUACUUACAAAUGAAUGGUCUGCUGUGUCUGUCCUUGGGCCUCUUCCCACCACUGUCGAACUGGUAACCGGCUUUUCUGAGCCUGUCCGCCGCAUUGAGACUAUCCAGCCUGUGGAAGUCGUUUACUCACCAUCUGGUCAACCCAUUGUUGAUUUUGGCCAGAACCUUGUUGGGUAUGUCAGGCUUUCAAACAUCAAGGGGCCCCGUGGGCAUAAGAUUAUUCUAUCACAUGCCGAGGUGCUCGAUCAUGGCGAGCUCGGUACGAGGCCACUGCGUAUUUGCAAGGCUAGAGACGAAUACAUUCUCAAGGGCGCUGAAGAUGGAGAGAGAUAUGAACCUCGAUUUACUUCCCACGGCUUCCGGUACUGCCAGUUGGAAGGGUGGACUGUAAACUUGGACAAUAUUGAAGCUGUUGUGUGUCAUAGUGAUAUGAAGUCUGCAGGCAACUUUGUGUGCUCCGACAGUUUGUUAAACAGAUUAUACCAAAACGUCUGCUGGGGAAUGAGGGAUAACUUCCUUUCCGUACCCACAGAUUGCCCCCAGAGGGAUGAGAGACUCGGGUGGUCAGGAGAUCUCUCCAUGUUUGCCCCCACCGCGGUUCUCCUUUAUGACUGUUUUGGAUUUCUGAAAAACUGGCUGGUAGAUGCCAGGUAUGACCAAAAGGUCCUUGGUGGAGUCCCAUCCAUGGUCACACCGAAUUCAAUGAUCAAUGAUCCAAAGUGGUUGCGUCGGACUCCGUGUGCUAUUUGGCACGAUGUUGUGGUUUUGGUGCCCUGGGUGCUUUAUGAAGAGACUGGAGAUCCGCAAAUUCUAGCGGAGAGCUUUGACAGCAUGGUGACUUGGCUUGAUUCAGUGCCCAGGUCCAAGUCAGGGCCUACACACCUAUGGGAUCCCGCAGUGUAUCAACUCGGUGACUGGCUAGACCCUGCUGCGCCACCAGACAAACCAUGGAAAUCCACUACCGAUUCCAAAAUGGUUGCCAACAUGUUCCUGAUCCAGAGCCUUGGGAUCAUGGUUUCUGUUUCUUCCAUACUGAAGAAGACAACGGAGCAGGCGAGGUUUCAGACGGAAUUCAGCUUAGCACGAGCUGAGUUCCAAAACGACCAUGUUACACCAGGGGGCAGAAUCGCCUCUGAUACUCAGACAGCGUAUGCCCUUGCUAUUUGCUUCGACCUCCUCAAUGACAGACAGAUGAUCCGUGCGGGCGAGCGAUUAUCUGAAUUGGUCCGCAAGAAUCAAUUCAAAAUUGCCACGGGGUUUGCCGGAACACCAUUCGUUUGUGAAGCGCUCGCCCGUACCGGACAUUACGAGGUCGCCUAUGCUAUGCUACUAUGCCGUGAGUGUCCCUCCUGGCUAUAUCCGGUGACUAUGGGUGCAACUACGGUGUGGGAAAGGUGGGAUAGUAUGCUUCCAGACGGGACUAUCAACCCUGGCGAGAUGACUUCAUUCAAUCAUUACGCAUUUGGAUCUAUUGCCAGAUUCUUUUAUGAAAGAGUUGCGGGACUGAAACGCGUCGAUCCGGGAUGGAAAACGAUCUUGGUGGCGCCUCUCAUUAGCACCGCCUUCUCACAUGCAUCAGCACAGCACAUUACUCCAGAAGGCAUUGUGUCUUGCAGUUGGGAGACUACACACGGGGAUAAGGAGCAGAGUUCUAUCUCAAUCACAGUCACCGUUCCUUACGGCUCAACGGCGGAGGUCGUUUUUCCACAGGGUAGCGGAGAAAGGAGGGAGAAUGUUGGCCCAGGCACUUGGUGCUUCCACGCAAGCUUCAAGAGGAGUAAAACCUGGCCAGUGUUACCAUUGAAGGAGAAGUCAUAG